UUUGUUUUCCCACACACCCGCUCACGCCCCCCGCUCCUCCCCAGCAUGCCCACGCUGCCCGAGGAAGAGGAGGACUCUCCCGAGGAGCUGGACAGCUCCUCUAGCUCUCCCAGCACAGCUACCCCGGCAGAGAGUCGAGCUGUGGUCAUGACGGCCCCCACCAUCGUCUACCCUCAGCAGGCCACUAUAGUCCAACAGGACGGACGUCCUCUGGAGCAGACCAGGCCGCACAGUCCCAGAGCUCGCCUGGCCAGAAACUCCUCUGGAGGACCAAUCACCACAGUCGACAGCACAGGUAACGUUAUUGAUCUGGUGAAGGAUCAGCUGCCGGAGCUGCAGCUCUCUGAGGAGGACCGACAGAAGAACCUGGAGCUGCUGCAACAGGCCAAGAAGGUCAGCGACCGUUUCCUGACACGCCGAGGACGCCGCUCGCUCUCUGAGUCGCCCACAGGUCUUUCUCCAACUCCACCUCCAACUCCGUCGUCUUCACCAGUUUCCUCUAGAAGCAGCUCGCUGUCCUCAUUUCCUCAAACUGCUGGAGGACCCACAGAGGGAACCCAUGGCAGCUCACAGCCGGCCGGGCAGCAUCUUGAAGUUCCUCCAGGACGAGAACAGCCGGAGGUAACGAAGCAGGAUCAGGAGGGCAACAGGCUGUUGGUGGACUGGAAGCCCUCUGAGAAGAGGAAAGUCUCCUCUGGGACUCUAACGCCACGUUUUGCUGUUCAGAAGGAGAACUGUGAUCCUGCUUUACCUAAGAGUCCUCCAGCAGUCGGGAAAGCAGACGAGGGACCUGGUCCGGGCCGAAACCCCAACCAGGCCCCGGCCACGGGGGUUGCCAAGCCCGUCCCCCGGCCCCCCAUGCAGCAGGCCCCCUGCACAGCAGAGAUCAAGACCAUCGGGGCCUUCCCUCCACUCAUGAGGGCGGUUUCCUGGGACGCUGUCGGCGGCCAUAACUCUAGAAACGGAGCGCCGAGUUUCCCUCCUACAGCCGAGGAAAACUUCUCAGACUCGCCCAGAGAUGCUGUGUUCAAGUCCUCAGGGUACAAAGACCUCCCGGCCCAGCAGGGGGGCGUUCAGAAACUGUCUAAGUUCAGAGAGGAGCACAAGCUGUUGCGUAACCAAAGCAUUGUGGGAUCCAAGCUACCAGACUUGAGUGAAGCUGCUGAACAGGAAAAAGGUCCUCCGGUUUCUCCGGUCGCCACCAGUAUUGAGGAGCAGAAGGAGCUGAAGGAGAAGUCUGACGCCAUGCCAAACAUUUCAGACGUGAUGCUGAGAAAACUCAAACUCCACCGAGGUCUACCAGGCUGUGCGCCUCCUCUCACUGAGAAAGAAGUUGAGAACGCAUUCAUCCAGCUGUCGUUGGCAUUUCGAAAUGACAACUACACCCUGGAGAUGAGGCUCAAACAGGCGGAGAGGGAGAGAAACCUGACGGAGGAAGACACCGAGAAAGAACUAGAAGAGUUCAAAAGAGCACUGAAGCUGACGUCCCCACAGUGGCAGAACCUGGAGCAGCGCGAGGCGUACCAGCGCUUCAUAGAGACGGUGGCGGUGCUGCACCGGCUGGCCACGAGGCUCUCCAGCAGGUCGGAGAUCGUCGGAGCGGUUCGACAGGAGAAACGUAUGAACAAGGCCACUGAGGUCAUGAUGCAAUAUGUGGAGAACCUGAAAAGAACGUAUGAGAAGGACCACGCAGAGCUGAUGGAGUUUAAGAAGCUCGCCAACCAGAACUCAAGUCGCUGUUAUGGAGGAUCUGUAGACACUGGAGAUGAUGGAGUCCCACGGCCAUCAAGAUCGAUGUCCCUCACCCUGGGGAAGGCUCUGCCCAGACGCAGGGUGAGCGUGGCGGUGGUGCCUAAGUUUAACCUCCUCAACAUCCCGGGUCAGACUCCAGCCACGGCCGGCCCGGCCCCCAACGCAGGCCCCAACGUGGGACCCGCCGCUGGGGCCGCUCUUCCUGUUCUGUGUGAAACCAACGAUGUGAAAGUCAACACCCCCACAGAGGCAGCACAGCCAGCAGCAGAAUGUGGAAAGAGCGUGUCGGAGCAGGAAAGCGAGCCAGCCAAGCCUCCAGUCAACUUAGAGGAGAUCAGAGCCGAGAUCAGAGCCGAGCUCAAGGCAAAGAUCGAGGAGGAGGCGUACAAUAAAGGCCUCCAGGAAGGAUUGAAGCAAAGCAAAGUGCUGCAGGAGGAGAAGCAGGAAGAGGAAAAUGCUGCAGAGAAACUGCUGGAAUCAAAAAAUAAGGAUGAAGAGAGCGGAUACAAGAGAAGGACGAACAGGAGGAUGGAGGAGGUUCUGGUUCUUCUCGGUCGGUUCUGUCCGAAGAUCCCGAUGAGUCGGCGCCUCCUCUGGACCGCCCUGACGCUCUUCGUGGCCAUGUGUCUGGUCAUCAGUAUUUUUACCUUCUUCAGCGGCUACUACAACCGCCGCGAGGACACGUAAGGACGAGGUGAGACGAAGAUCUUUGGACUGAGACUAGCAGAACAACCAAAGAACCGGAGAGCAGAACAGAACCUGUCUCUGCCAGUUUACCAUAUCACCACCAACGGACCCACUUGAAUCCUCGACCCUGACUCUCCAGGGACAAAGACGUUUUGGGAGGCUUUAUGGAGAAUAUUGUCUUAGUUAACAGCAUUAAGUUAUGAGGUGGCGAGAAAAAGUAAUUCUGUUUAGGGACCAAUAAUAUAGUGUGAUGAUAUAUAGGCUUCAUAUUUAAUGAUUCGGGUUCUUUUUCAUGAUGAAUGUGGCACUUUUAAUGCCACAAUAGAAAAAAAAAGGGUAUAUUUAUCUACACUCUAAUAUAAUCUCUCAGGUCCAAUAGAUAAUAAAAACCCCUGAGAGAUUUUGAACUAAUAUUUAAAGAUAUAGAAAAUAAAGGAAUGUUUUUGUUGAAUUUCUAUAAUGUGUAUUUAAAUACUAAAUAAAAUAUUUUAAGCACAUUCCAAAGUAGUUCCUUAAGUGCAAUAUUUUUGCAGUUGAUGGUUCUCGUUUGUGCCGUUUUGGAUCGUCUUCAGAGCACUGAGAGGUUUUAUCUGUGUAUGAGAGCACUGUGUAGCUGUCUGAGGCUUAUUUUUAUCUUCUCUGCACAUGUUGUUGUUUGUUCUUUGUGGAUUUGAUGCUCUGCCACUUCACCUUGAAAUAAAGGUGCGUGAAAAGA